GCUUACUAUUACCGCUGUAUAUGUUUUAAGAUCUUCAACUUAAAUUGACAUUCUGCAAAAUCUCUGUCCUCAGAUACAGUUUUCCUUAUUCAUACAUAUAUAUAACAGUACAUAGAGAGAUGGUUUUAGAAGCUUGAUCACUGUCCUGGGGUAUGGGCAGGACUUUUUCUUGUCCUUUUGAGAUGUACUAUUGGUUGGUGAUGAGGAAUAAUGAAGGAAAAAUGAGAGCUUGAUUAUUGGGUAUGUCGGUUUUGCCUUUUUCUUGUAUUCAUGAAAGAUUUUGGUCCUGCCCAUGAAAGGCAAAUCAAGAUCUUCCUUGGAAAUCUAAGUUCAGAAGAAGGAUGGGGAUUUUGAAGUUAUAAAUUCAAAAACCAUUUUUCCUUUUGUUUUUCUGCAGAGGCAAGAAAGUUAAGGUUUUUCUGCAGCAGUUGAACUAAACCUUUCUUCACGAACACAACCACUAUAGGUCCCCCACCAAACCUAACACAAACCCAUCAUUCAUCAUUUUUCCCUCAUCGAUCAGUCUAUCAGUUUCUCUCUGCCUUAUUUCGCAGGCUUGUUAUUAAUUAAUUAUUAAUUAUUGCCCUCUUUCUUCAUAUGGCUGCUGCUACAGAUCAAGAUUUCAGCUUCCCCACCAUUAAUGACUCUUAUUCUUUCUCCAUUGAUUCUCCUCCUCUUUGGAAUCUAUCUCCUGCAACCUCCCCUAACCCUUAUGGAGGUCUCAUCAGAGAAAGCCAGAGAAAGAGCUUCUCAUGUAUAGAGAUUGGCAGGCCGGUGAGAAACGAAGAAGAACAAGAAGAUGAAGAGAAGCAGAAGAUGGAUUUGUUGUGGGAAGAUUUCAAUGAGGAAUUGUCUUCUUCAAGAGCCAAUGGAUCAUCAUCUUCUUCUUCAAGAGAGCAGGCUGAGUUCAGAACAGUAUCAAAGAGAAGGAAUAGUUAUGACUCUGAUUCUCUGAUAGUUCCUUCCAAGAAUGGCAGAAACAAGGGUAGCAAUAACAACAAGCCUGGCAUGGUGGUGCUUGUGAAGGUUCUGAAGAAACUGUUCUCUGUUAAUAAUUCUCUGGGCAAACCCAGAAAGCGAGUUACAUAGCCUAGUUUUGUAAUUAUUUGGGAAAUGGGAUUUGUGGUGUUAAUGAAAUUUUCUUUCCUUUUCUUUUUUGCUCAUGUUGCUUGAUAUAAUUUGAUCAGAGGGAUAGAGAGGCUUUUGGUUUUGAUGCAGGAAUUGAAGAGUUGAGAUUUGAAGGAUGAGUCUGCCAUUCUAAUGUGUAUAUGUGAAAUAGUAAAUAUAAUUAUGCAGAAAUUAUACUUUGUUUUCUUUUCCCUUUUUGGUUACCAAA